UCAGAGAUGGCCAGCACCGGGACUGAGCGCGAGGAACCUCACGUUCCCCUGGACGAACUGAGACAUCCCGAGCCUGCAUUCAGAGAGGCGCAGAAAUGGAUUGAGGAGGUGACGGGAAAAAGUUUCGGUGAGAAGGACUUCCGGAGCGGCCUGGAGAACGGGAUCCUGCUCUGCGAGUUACUGUGUUCCAUCAGACCAGGUUUGGUCCAGAAAAUCAACAGACUACCCUCGCCCAUCGCUGGACUGGACAACCUGUCAGUGUUCCUCAGAGGCUGUGAGGAGUUGGGUCUGAAAGGUUCCCAGCUGUUUAAUCCGGGAGACCUUCAGGACACCUCCAUACAAGCCAACCUCAGGGACUCAGAAUGCAGUAGAAAACUGAAGAAUGUCUUAAUUACAAUAUUCUGGCUGGGGAAGGCAUCCGGUGUGUGCCCCUCCUAUGACGGUCCUGUCCUAAACCUCAGAGAGUUUGAGGGACUGCGAUCACACAUGAGAACGCUGAGUGAGGACAGGUCUGGGUCAGACAGUGUGAGGCCAGGUGUGAGGGACAGUGGUUACGACUGCUGGGACUCAGAGCGGAGUCAGUCUCUCUCUCCCCGACAACACACACGGGACAACUCCCUGGACAGCCUGGAUUCUUUUGGCUCGCGCUCCCAGACUAGCCCCUCCCCCGAUGUCAUCAUCCAUGGCAACAGUGAUGUUGACUCAGACGGCGAUGCCCCCAACAGGAAGGCAGAUGUCCGUCGUGAUGACAUGUUAGCUCGUCGUACGUCGGCCGGUGAAUCACGGAGCUUUGUUCCCUUUAACCAGUUCCUGCCCAAUCGGAACGUCUCUGCCUACGUUCCCACCGCCAGACGCAGAUCACGGCCCCAGGAUGGAGAGCACGGCAGUCUCCCUCAGCCCAUCUUAGAGGAGGGGGAAGGGGGGGAGGGGGGAGGUCCCUUUAAGAGACCACCAGGGCCCCGCUCCAGAAACUACAAGACAGUCACAUGGGCCCCAGAUGGGGAGGAGCCUAAAGAGGAAGAGGGGGUUCUUGGGCAGGAAGAGGAAGUGUUGAAACGGGAAGUAGAAGAACAUCGGCGACUGCAGAGGCUGGAGAAGGCGGGGAUUAAAGUUCUGCCCGCUGUGAUUCGCUACGGCAGACCGGCGCCCCGUCUGGAGCAACAGGAAGUUAAGUCACCAUCCCCUGACAUCAUCCUGCGUCGCCAUAAUGACUUCCUGACCAACCAGAGGGCUGCGUGGGACUCUGACUCUGAGGGUGAGGCAGAGGGUGAAGAGGGGGGAGGAGGGGUGAGGAGGGUUCCUGACAUCCGUAGAGAUGACCUGGCCUCCCGACGCGCCCCACGCCCCCCCACUGCUCCCACAGCGUACCAGUACGUCCCCCCAUCUGCCUGCAGUCUACGGGACAGAGAACUCUGGGAGGACAUCAGACGAGCCUCACACACUGCUCUGAUGGACAGGAUGGAGCUGGAGACAAGUGCGAAAGAGGCAGUGUGUGACAUCAUCACACGCAGAGACAACCCCUUCCUUAGCCCAGCCUCCCAGCGAGAGGAAGAGGAGGAGGGUAGAGGUGUUAAGGUCCCAUUACCCAAUAAGACGAAAGAUGACCUCGCUAGAAGGAGGGGACAUAAUAGGUCACGCCCAUCUCACAGAGACGGACCAAUGAGCUUCGUCCAUGCCUCCAUCACCCAGUCAGAUCUGGAGAAAUGGGAGAGACUCAAGAUGUCUGAACCCAGGUGCAUGUCUGGAGAAAGGUUCCGGAACCCUGACAUCAUCUCUGUGGCGACGGGGUCAAUGCGAGGUUGUUCUAAGGUUGUGACCUUUGGCGGCGUGACAGAGCUGGAGGAACAGCCAAUCAGCUCUUCCCGGGAAGGGGAGGAAUCUCAGUUGUUACGGCGACUGCUGGCCAAGGCAACCGUUGCCAUGCCGAUCAUCGCGCUGGGUUCCCAGCUCUCCGAGCAGCAGGAUAGCCAUAUGGGCGGAGUAGACGCUGCACAUACCCCGCCUCCCAACCCUGUCCCAUCCCCCUGA